GUAAACAAUCAGUGUGACAACACAUGUUCCCUGUUCUUUAUGAACAGUGAGCAUUCAGUGCGUCAGAGCAUGGAGCCUUCUAUGAGGAACAAAGCCGAUGUCUUACAUGAAUUCCAGGUGUCGUUUUUUGCCAUGAGUCGCCUGGUUACAUUUCCCUGGUCUUCACUUGAAAGAGAGCUUGAAAACGACAAAUCAUCAGAACUGAUCUUAGAUAUCCUAAAACAGACAUGUCUACACCCUCUGUGCCAGAAACAUCCACCUUCAAUCAAGUACAGGAGGCUGUUUGUCACAGAGCUGAUCAGAAGGCAUGAGUCUGCAGAGCUGGAGCCGCUGGAUGAGCUGUAUGAGGCUCUGGGCCAAGUUGUGGGAGCCAAGGAGGGAACAAACUGCUACAAAACUUACUUACUGCCUUGUGGUGACGCUGUCAGCCUGUCAGAGAGUGUGGCCGUUAUCUCGGAGGGAACGACAGGCCUGGUGACCUGGGAAGCUGGCCUCUAUCUGGCAGAGUGGGCCAUGGACAACCAGCAGGCCUUCACUGACAGGGUGGUUCUUGAGCUGGGCAGCGGUGUGGGCUUGACCGGCAUCACUGUCUGCCGCUCCUGCAGCCCAUCCAGGGUUUGUGUGGAGCAGCUGGAUUGGGACACAGUUACAGAGCAACAGCUGACAGAGAUUGGGGCCAACACAGUCAUCGCUGCAGAUGUGGUUUAUGACCCUGACAUCAUUGGAUGUCUGGUGAAGCUGCUCUCCCGACUCCUGAGCUGUUCAUCUCCUCCAGGCCCCCCUGACAUCCUCAUUUCCUCCACCCUGCGAAAUCUCGGCACAUACAAUUCCUUUAAGCAUCAGCUGGAGAGCGCAGGGAUCAGCCACAAGGUGAUCACAGAACCAGUACGCCAUGUGUUCCCUUACAACAGAGGCUCUGCCAUAGAACUGAUUAAAUUGCACUUCUGAUGCUGCUGUAGAACAAUAAAGAUUUUAUUUACAAAUGUA